AUGGUCCGACUUGCCCCUUUGGCCGUUGCUGCGUCUUUGACGUCAUGCGCAUGUGCAAGCUUCAUUGAUGAUACCAUUAAUGCAUUAAAACUUCCUUUGAGCUCAGAGAAGUUGCAGAAUGACAUCAAGCUUCCAGCACUCAAGACUCACGCUAAGCUCCUCCAGAGCUUUGCGGACAAGUCCAAUGGAACUCGUGUCUUUGGUUCAAAAGGACACAAUUCCUCUGUUGACUAUGUGGCUACUAUUGCGAAAUUGGCUGGUUACGAUGUGCAACGACAGACAUUCCCACACGAAUAUUCAGAGGUCCUUACUCAGAAAUUUGUGGCUAAUGCACCUAUUAAUAUCAAUGCCAUGACUUAUUCACCCUCCACUCCUCUCGGAGGCAUUACUGUUCCUCUCGUUCUGAUUCCCGGCCCCGAUGCCGCCCCAUCAGCUGGAUGUACGCCAGCGGACUUUGCUAGUGUCGAUGCCAAGGGAAAGAUUGCACUCAUUCAACGCGGUGGAUGUAAUUUUGCUAUUAAGAAUGAGAAUGCCAAGAAUGCGGGAGCUGUCGGCGUUGUUGUGUACAAUAAUGUUGAGGGUGCUAUCUCUGGUACUCUUGGUGCCUCAAACCCCACUGCAUAUGUCCCAAUCGGAGGCAUCACCAAAGCAGAGGGGGAAACACUUGCUCAACGAUUGUCGUCUGGUCAACCCAUUUCAGCCACGCUCGAUAUCAAUAUUUUUGUGGAACAGAGGUAUAGCAGCAACGUGAUUGCCACUUCCAAAGCGGGUAAUCAGAGCAACAUUGUUUUCAUCGGCUCCCAUCUCGACUCGGUUACAGCUGGUGCUGGUAUUAAUGACAAUGGAUCUGGUUCAAUCACUGUUCUCGAACUUGCUAUCCAACUUGCCAAGUACAAACUCAAGAACGCAGUCCGCUUUGCUUGGUGGACUGCGGAAGAGUAUGGCUUGGUUGGAUCAGAUCCGAACUAUGUGAUUGCUGUGUAUGAUGGUGACGGCUCUGCCGGAAUCAAUCCCGGCCCAACUCCCCCCGGCUCUGGCGCCAUCGAGAAGGUGUUCACCGAUUACUUCAAAUCGAAGAAAAUUCCGAGCGUGCCAACUGAAUUUAGUGGUCGUUCUGACUACGGCCCUUUUAUUGCCGAAGGAGUAAACAUCCCCGCUGGUGGGCUAUUCACUGGUGCAGAAGGCGUCAAGACCGAAGAGCAGGCCAAGUUGUUCAGCGGAACGGCUGGAGUCGCAUACGACGUCAACUACCAUGGCAAGGGUGAUACCUACAGCAACCUCAAUUUUACGGCCUUCGAAAUCAACGCCAAAGCUUCUGCACAUGCUAUCGCUACGUUCAUCCAGUCUACGAAGGUAGUCGAUGACGAAAAAGCUACCGCUGGUGCCUCACCCAAAGUAGCUGCCAAGAUCGCUGCUGAGCCGAACGACGCUCUCGUUGCCCAGGGUAAAGACCUUUGCGCCGGAGAACUCGCAUGA